AUGGAAUAGGUCAUAAUUAAAGUUUAGAGCAACUAAUCUUAAAUUUAUAGUUAAUAAUAAUUUAAUCAUUUUAAAAUUAAUUUUUUUUAUUUACAAAUUCCUGAUAUUUAUUUCUUAGUUUCUAAUUAAAAGAUUAUAAUUAAAUUAUUUCGUGCUACUUUUUUAGGAACAGAAAUUGGAAAGUGCUAAAAUCUGACUUUUUUAUAACUAAAUCUUUAUUAUAAUGACAUUACCAAUUAUGGAUAUUCUACAUUAGGUCUUUAGAUAGCAGUGUGUAAUAAUCUUGCAAAUCUAACACUCAUGCUGAAGUAAAUGUUACCAUUAUUGAACACUUCAAAAGAAAUUAAAAAGGUUAAUUAGACUCUUUUAAAAAUUAUUUAAUUAAAAGUGGAGAAAUCUUUAGUGGUGUGUCUUUUUGAAGGAAUAUAUAAAUUUAAUGCACAAUAAACUAUUUUAAGCGCGAUGUCUAUUAAUAAAUAUUAAGCAUUUUAAAUAUAAUGUUAAACUUAAAUAUAAAACAAAGCUAAAAUGAAAUUGUAAAUUAAGGAAUUGUGCAGUUUGUAGAUGGGCUAAAAGUAUCAAUAAGCUUAUUAAAUUUAAGUAUCAGUUUAACAUUCAACUUAGUUAAUUUUGAAAGUAGAAGUAAAGCAUCACAAAAUCUUAGAAAAAUGA